GCUAACCCUCCACAAGGAAUUAAGGUGCAAGAGUUUGUUGUGAGCUAUAAGCUAGUUUAUCGUGAGGAGAAUAUGAAGUUGUUUGUUUUCUUUGUUGCUGCAGUAGUUUUGGUAGCAUGGCCAUGCCAUGGCGCAGGCUACCAAAGGUUCCCUCUCCGAAUGAAAACUGGCUAUGGUGAGCGUUCUUCGGAGGUAAAAUGCGCAAGUUUUAGGCUUGCUGUGGAAGCACACAACAUCCGAGCCUUUAAAACCAUUCCUGAAGAGUGCGUUGAACCAACAAAGGACUACAUUAAUGGCGAACAAUUUAGAUCAGACUCUAAAACAGUUAACCAACAAGCUUUCUUUUAUGCUAGUGAACGCGAAGUCCAUCACAACGACAUAUUUAUAUUCGGCAUAGAUAACACCGUACUCUCUAAUAUCCCAUACUAUGAAAAACAUGGAUAUGGGGUGGAGGAAUUUAAUGAAACCUUAUAUGAUGAAUGGGUUAACAAGGGCGACGCACCGGCAUUGCCAGAGACUCUUAAAAAUUACAACAAGCUGUUGUCUCUUGGCUUCAAGAUUGUAUUCUUGUCAGGAAGAUAUCUUGACAAAAUGGCCGUAACAGAAGCAAACCUAAAGAAGGCUGGCUUCCACACAUGGGAGCAGUUAAUUCUCAAGGAUCCACAUCUUAUCACUCCAAAUGCACUUUCAUACAAAUCAGCAAUGAGAGAGAAUCUGUUGAGGCAGGGAUACAGAAUUGUUGGAAUCAUUGGAGACCAAUGGAGCGAUCUGCUUGGAGACCACAGAGGCGAAAGCAGGACCUUUAAGCUUCCUAAUCCCAUGUACUACAUUGAGUAGUACCUUCACCUCUCUCAACAAUCUAGCUAGAGUUUGCUCCUAUCUAUAUGUAAUAAGGUAUGCUGAUAUGCACUAUUCAAAUAGGAGCAUUAGCUAUGUUUGUUAAUGUCACUUUAUGUUAUGUGGGUAAGUCACCUAAGACACUCCACGUACCUACUUGUUGUCUCUUACGCGGCUUUAAUAAAUCUUCUGCCCUUGUUCCAUAUUUACUAA